AUGUUAAAACUGUCUACUAUAUCAGAUGACGUUCAUCGUCCUAUUAGUGUUUAUGCUACACCUCCAUUAGAUAUUUCUAUUAUUGAUGAAAUUGAAGAAAUUGAUGAAAUUGAAGAAGAAGAAGAAGAAGAAGAAGAAGAAGAUUUGAUGGAUAAACAUUCUUAUCAACUGUCUCAAUUAUUAUUCACUCCUCCUACUUCAUUAGAUAAUAAUUCAAAAUUCAUUCUGUCAUUUGAAUCUCCAAGAACUCCUCCACCACCACCACCUCCUCCUCCACAAUCAUCAUUACAAUCAAACCAAUAUUCUCAUCUAACUCCUAAAAGAAUUAAUAGUAAGAAUUCUCAAUUGACUUCAGAUACUCCUUCAUUAUUGAAACCACUGUUAUCUUUAAAAUCCAUGAAAACCACCACCACCACUACUACUACUACUUCAUCAUCUUCUAAUUCAUUCAAAUAUCAACCUCCACCUCCAUUACUGUCCAAUCCUCUAUUAAAAUCCCCAUCCAAAUCACCCAAUAGAAGAAAUAGUACUAGUAAUGUUGCUGGUAAUUUACUACUGUCUCCAUCAAAAUUAUUGAAACGUUUAUCAAUGAGAAUUUCUUCAUCAAAUUCAAGUAAACGAAAUUCAAUUGUUCCAAGUGAAAUUAAAGUAACUAUAUCAAAACCACAACCACAACCGCAACCACAACCACAACCACAACAAUUAUUGCUGCCUCGAUUACCUUUACAAGAAUGUGAAACAAAUCCAGAAGGGACAUUACAAUCACAACUGAUACCAUAUUUAAAUGCUCAAACACUACCAGUACCACCACCACCACAACAUGAUAAACCAAUUCCAUUACCUUCAUCACAAGAUGAAUAUCCAUCACCUACAUUAUCUCUUACCCCACCAUAUUUGACUUCACCAUCAAAUUCAAAUUCUUCAUCAUGUUAUAGUUUACAACAACAACCUUCUAAAUCUUCAACUUCUAUGGUAUCAUCAAAUUUACCUUCUCAAAAAUUAAACAAAUCAUUGUCAAAUAGUACUAAUGAUGAGAAGAAGAAUAUCCCAAAUAUUGAUAAUACAGUGAUUGAUACACCAAAGAAAGAAAGAAUAAGAAGAAGAAGAAGAAGAAGUCAUACUAUUAGUGCAUUUAUGUCACCUCGUAAAUUAGUAGAUGAAUAUCAUAAUCGAGUUAAAUCAUCUUGGAGAAAUUCCCUGACACCUAGUUCUUCUCAAUUGUCACAACCUAUAAUACCUUAUUUACAAUAUCCUAAACCAUCAACUGAAGAAUUGAUUGGAUAUAAAUAUAAAGAAGAUGAAGAAGAGGAAAAAGAGGGGGUUCAACAAAGAAAAGAAGUAAAUCAACCACCACAACAACAACAAGAAGAAGAAGAAGAAGCUGAUGACGAAGAAGAAGAAGAAGAAAAAAAUGAUAAAGAUUCACAGGACCCUCAAAAUAUUGGUGAUACAUCAUUAAUUAGUGGGAUAAUCAAUGAUAUAAUUACAACUAAUCAUACCCAUGAUAUAACUUCAUUUUCUGGAUAUUCCUUAGAUAAAUCAGUAACUACUGAUAUUGAUAUUGAUAAUGAUAAUAAUAAUGAUAAUGAUAAUGAUAAUGACACGACUAAUUCAAUUCUUGUUUUACCUGUAUCUCCUCAAAAGAGUACAUUUUCAAUGACUACUACUAAUUCCACUAUUACAUUUGAUAAUGAUAAUGAAUCAUUUUCUUCACCACCAUCAGUUUCAAUUUCUUUAACUCCAAUGAGUAAACAUCAUCAUAAUCAUAAUCAUCAUCAUGAUGUUAUGGGAGAGUAUAAUGAUACUUUAGAUACUAUUAAUACAUCAUCAAUCACAACUGGAUUUGAUGAUGAUAAUAUCAAUGGUAUUAAUUAUAAAGGAAGUAUUUCAAAUCAAAGAAAACAAAUUUAUAAAUAUCAUAAUCAUAAUCAUAAUCAUAAUCAUAAUCAUGUUCAAUCACUGCAAAGACGGAAGAUUCAUCAUCAAAGUAAAUUAUCAACAUCUACUACAAUUAGUACAGCAGCAAUGAUUGAACAACCUCCAAUAACAUCAUUGCCAUCAACAUCAAUAUCAUCAACAUCAUCAUCAUUAAAAUCAGAAUCAAUAUUAAAAUUGAAUAUUUUCAUCCAAGAUUCAACCACUAACAACAAUAACAAUAACAAGAAUAGAACUUCUUCUUGUUCUUCUUCUUCUUCAUCAUUAUUACAAUCGAUGAUUUCUAUUAAAUUACGUAAAGAUAAAUUAAAAAAUCUUGAUGAAUUAAUUAAUUUAAUCAUUUAUAAAUUAAUGAAAAAAUUAAAUCGAAAUGAUUUAAUUAUUGAUAAUAUUAAAUUAUUAAUUUUUUUCAAAUCCAAACAAAAUUCUAUUGAUAAUAAUAAUAAUAAUAAUAAUAAUGGUGGUCAAGAUGGUAAAUUAUUAUUGAAUCCAAUAAUUUUAAAAGAUCGAAAAGAUAAGAAAAACAAUGGUAACAAUUCUUCUUCUUCUUCUUUUUCUUCUUCUUCAUCGAUUAAUAAUUAUAAAAAUGAUUUAUUAUUGGAAUAUAUUCAAAUGAAACUGAAAUUAUAUAUUAAAGCUAUUAUUUGA